AUGUGGCCUGUACAAGUUGACCGUCGUAGCUCCUUGCGACGUCAGUCGCCAGCAAUGUGUUUCUUGCUGCCGUGUAUGUUGCAGUAUGGCCACCUAUUGAGACUUGGAAGACGGAAUUUUGCAUGCCAUAUUUCUACCAAGCUGGCUGGAAAGUGGCUGGAAUUGGAGGAGGUCUCGACUCCGAGAAAGCGUCCGGCACUUUUGGCCACCGGUGGUGCCCAAGCCAUGGCGGAGGUGGCUGAAGAGCUCAAAUUUCAGCAAAAGUGGUUCAACGAGAACAGGCCGCGGUGGAUGCCAUAUCUCUCACAAGAAGCAAAACAAUACCGUGGCGUUCAGCCAUUCUCUAUGCAGAAGGCGCAGGAGCUGGAGGACUAUCUCAAAGGUAUUGGUGCCUUCAAGGGCCGAGUGCUCUGA